UCUGGCCACAAGUUUCAAAACUUUCAAAGAGGGCAGACAGACAGAGAGACAGUGAGUCGGAAAGCCUGUGAAGGAGGGGAAUCAAGCUUUGGACAAACCGCUGCACCACACACUCCAAACAAGAACUGUUGUCUUUUGAGAAAAAAAGAAGUGAAGAAAAGAAAGAGGCAGAAUCAUUGUGGAUCAUUUUCAGGGGGAAUAUCCUGCACCACAACUUGUUUGUUUUCUCUUUCUUUCUCGUCUUCCCCCUCCUCUCAGAUCUCGAUGCUUUGCUUUGGGAUUUGUGCUCCAAAUCCAUCAAAAUCCUCUCUUGAUCUUUCCCUUUGUCAUCUGAAACAUUUUGAUUUACAAAUUUCUUCCAGAACUUUGCAACCCAACAAACUGAGACAGACGUUUGCAGAAUUUCACUUGGACUAAAAGUUGAAUCCAAGCCCGGUUCUGGAAUGAAUUUAACUGAGCCCAGCUUAUCUAGAGAGACUCUUCUGCAUGCCACCCGGGUGUCUCUCGGGGGCCCCUGGGCGUCCAGGACCCCUAGCCCUGCUUCUGAUUCUGAAAUGGGUUUUGAGCAGAACCUCUCCGGGGACUGCAGUUCUCCCGAUGGCCUUGGACCUGGGAACAUGAGGAGAACAGAACCAAGGAUUUCUCUCACGCCACGUUCAGGGGGACAGAGUCCGGACCUGACCCAGGCUGGAGGUGUGUCGGCCGGCAUGGCUGAUGGGAAGGCCGUUGGGGGUGAGCAGAGGAUCCGCAGGCCCAUGAAUGCCUUCAUGGUCUGGGCUAAAGAUGAGAGGAAGCGACUGGCCGUGCAGAACCCUGACCUGCACAACGCUGUGCUCAGCAAGAUGCUCGGUCAGUCUUGGAAGGCCCUGAGUGCUACAGACAAGCGGCCAUUUGUGGAGGAAGCAGAACGUCUCCGUGUCCAGCACCUCCAGGAUCACCCAAAUUACAAGUACAGGCCUCGUCGCAAAAAGACCACCAAAAAACUAAAGCGGGUUGAACCAGGUCUUCUGCUUCACAGCUUAGCCCAGGGUGGGGCACCAGGCCUUGGAUUAGGACAUGGUGUCAGCCCCUUGGGCGCAGAAAGUAUCUCUGGAGGUUCUGCUUAUGGACAUCCAGGUGCCCACCCUCCGCAUCACCAUCACUCCCACCACUUGCUGCCCUCUCUUGGGCACUUCAGGGACCUCCAGGCCCCAGGACACCCAGAGCUGGAGAGCUAUGGCCUACCAACUCCGGAGAUGUCCCCUCUGGAUAUUCUGGAAGAUGGAGCUGGGGAAUCUGUGUUUUUCCCCCAACAUAUGCAAGAGGAGGCAGGGAUGGGAGGUUGGAGUGGGUACCACCACCACCUUCAUCAUCAUAACCAGCAUUACGGCCAUAAUUACAACAACCAUAGUCACCACAACUCCAUACAUGGUGCAGCAACAUAUGUUCAGAGUUCAGGUAUGAGUGUUGGUACAAGUGUAAGCACCGGUAUGAAUUCCAGUUUGAGUCCUGGUAGAAUUUCCAGAGUUGAUUCCAGAAUGAGUUCGGUCGAGUCAAAUAUGAGCUCAAGCAUGAGUUCAGUCACCUCGGUUUUGGCAAGUUCGGUCAACUCUAGGUUAAAUCCUACUCACACAUCCAGUCACCACAUCACCUUGAGGAGUCCUGUAAAGUGCCCACCACCUCCAUCCGACUCCUCCUCCCCCAUUUCCUACCCCCAGCCCUCCAUCAACCUCCCUGAGCCGAUAAAAUCCCACCAAACGCCACAUCAAGCCACUGCUCCUGUCGGCUACUUCAGCCAAAUGUAUGGGAACAGCACCCCGAAUGCUGCAUAUUACAUGCCCUCUCACCUGGGUCAGCUUUCACCUCCUCCUGAAUCUUCCCCUUCUUCCUGCUCGUCCUCCUCCAUCCCCCCAUCAACCUUCCCUCACGCUUUGCACUUAGACCCUUCAAAUCCCGAGCCCUCCAGCCAUUUGGGGUCUUCCUCUGCAGAGUUUUGGUCUGAGGUGGACAGGCAUGAAUUUGACCAGUAUGUAAAUGUUGGAAGGAAUCGAGAGGAGGCCUACGGACGUGGUGGGGGCUGUGGGGGUGGGUCCAAAGUUCUGUGUGGGCGCAGUAGCAGUAGUGUAGGUAGUAGCAUGAAUAGCAGUGUUAACAGUAUUAUUAACAGGGAUGUCAGUAGCAUUUUGAAUGGUGCUGGUGUGUGUGAUGAAGCAAGCAGCCCUCUUAUAUCUGCUCUUUCUGAUGCCAGCAGCGCUGUCUAUUACAGUGCCUGUAUCACUGGAUAAAUGAUCUCAUCUCUCAUAUGUACCUCCUUGUAUACUGCACAGUUGGGUUUGGAUCGUGUGAACCAUUGUUACAUGAUAGGGAGGAAGUAUGUCAGAAAGAUUAGUUUUGGCUCAUACUUUUAAGUCAAGUCAUUGUCAUGUCUUGCUUAUCUCUCAUAGAUUCCAACCAAGUCAAUUUAAAAUGUUAAAGUUUUUCUAAAUGCUGAAAAGAAAAUGAGAGGUUUCAUCCUACAAAUGCUUGCUGGAGACAGAGCUGGGUAGAACCAAAAAAAUGUAAAAAGAAUUUAAAAAAUUUGAUAGCUGGGAAAAAAUGUAAGAAAUUACUCUAGAAUGAAAAUAUAAAUGCUAAUUGCUUAUUUUUAGAUUAGUUAAUGCAUUCCUGAACAUGAUAUUGAACAGUUGGCUGGCUAGCUAACCAGCUUUCCUUUAUAGCUACAGGCUAGUUUAGACUUGGGAAGAUAGGUAUUUUAACUUGUUAGCAUGGGUAAUGCAUGACCCACAGGAUUGUUUUUUGGGGAUUGAUUUGUUGGAAAUGCAAGGAUUACUAGCUCUUGGCACCUUUGUAGGCAGAAGCUCAGCAGGUUUUGGCUUUUCCUGAGCAACCACAAAAUCAGCUACUGCCAGUCACUUAACUAGUAUAGCAGAUGACAUUAGCUAAUGGGGUUAGCUAACUAAAAAAACUCACAAUUUCUGUUGCAUCACUCCAAGCUUGAUGCUCUUUGUCAAGAUGUUGUCUGGUGAAUAGUACAGAAAAAAAUGCAUGGUGACAUAGUGCAUUGUCCUGCUCAGAGGUUACAAUAUUUUGACUUUAGGCAGUAAAGGUGCUUCUCCGAAAAAAAGAAAAUGAAGAAAUAGGCCUAAGUGUACUGGCUAGAUUAACAGAAGGCAGCUGGACAGCACCUUAGAAAAGAUUUGAGUUUUUCAGUUACUUACCAAGGGUGCUAGGUCUCUGUGUUAGCAAAAUGUGUAAUGCUAAUGAACCGGGAGUCUUUAUCAAUAGCUGGAUACAUUUAUGACCUGGAAAUUGUUCUGGUGGCUACAUAGUCUGAAGGAUCCAAGGAUGUGCAACAAGUGCUUGUCUUAGUCGAAGUGCCUUUGUGCAAAACACUAAGCUCCUACAUGUUGCACAGAUUUUGUUUCUCUGCACUCUAAGCCCUCUGGUGACAGACAGUACAUGCUAUAGGAAGAUAAGAUUAUGCAAGCAAGAUUAUUUUUUUAAUUGCACUGUGUGUCAUCAGAAAAAUCCGCAACUACGACAAAUCUGAAUUUCAUGAUCAUCUCAUAUCAUUUUUGACAAUUAAUCUCAGGACCAGACAAAUAUUCAUCUCACUGAACUUCAUGAAGUUUAGAUUUAUUCAUCUCGUUCGUUAAAUGGGAACAUGAAGGACAAUGAAGGACAAAGUCGGGAGAUGGACAAAGAGAAAAAGACUAGAUGGGAGAGACUUGAUCCAGCCUCCAGGCACAUAUCUCUCAGCAGUGUUGUCGGGAAAGCCUUGGCCACAAACCCAGAGCAGACCACUGAUGUCUCCCACAAACUUUCAGGAUGUUUUACAAGCCGGGUCGGGUUCUUUCUGACCGUGAUACAUGCCGUUCCCUCUCUGUCUCAGUCCAUGACAGGGCCUCAUGUCAAACUCCAUGCCAAAAUCUGCAAGUUUUAAGUUGCUUUACUUCUUGGCAAACAAAGAUAUGUUGAUGAUUCAAAGAUCAUUCUUUUUAACCAGCAAGCCUCUUCGGUAUAACAAGCAUAUCACUUGUUUAAACAAAAUGUCCUUUUUCAAAGUUAAAAAGUGUAAUUUAGUUCUACAAAUAACAGAAGAUUUGGUUCCUCAAAUGAAGUGCCAUUGGAACAAGUCUUGUGUGGUAGAUCAUGAAAACAGCUUCACUUAACACUUGCAUAUUUGUAUGCAAAGCAACAUUGUACUCCUAGAUAUUGGUAAGCAGUUUGACCAUUUAAUUACAAAUUGUUCAUUCUUAAUUUCAUUAAAACAUUUACGGAUAAUGGUUCAUGCGUUAGGUCUUAUUAGUUUUGGAAACCUUGGUUUGAUGUAGCCAUUUACUGUAUAUAUAGAUGCUAUGCCUCUUGGUAGUAUGUGAAGGAGAAAUUGAGACUAUGAAAUGUUCUCUUUGCACUGGGUUUAAAGUCUUAGCUGUACAGAAGGAACACUACUUAUAAAAAGUCAAAUGUCCAUAAUUUUAAAUAUGUUUUUGUCCAGAAAGGACUGUGUUUAUGUUGUUGUUUUAUAGAUUAUGUUUUAUAAAUUUAUUUUCUUAAAGGAAUAGUUUGACAUUUUAGGAAAUACCCUUAUUCGCUAUCUUGCUGAGAGUUAUGAUAAGAUUGAAACCACUAUCAUGUCUGUGUGUUAAAUACGGUGCUGGAGCCAGGAGGCGAUUAGCCUAUCAUAGCAUAAAGACAGGAAUAAGGGGGAAACAGCUAGCUUACUUAAAAAUUAUUUUAAAAGUCCGCCUACCAGUACCUCUAAUACUUACUAAUUAACAUGUUGUAUCUAGUUUGUUUAAUCUGUACACAAACAAACAUUAAAAUGGUAAUUUAUGAUUUUGUUGUGUUGUGCAAUUAUUGCUUCUGCUGUUGUUUGCCAAGAAAUAGUUACACUAGGUAACUCCGCGUAAAACCACAAAUUGUUGGUUUUACCUUCCUGUUCGUGUACUUAUUAAAUAAUAGAAAUAAAAGGUGUUAAUUAGUAAAAUUUAGGUGGUGGUGAUGUAAGCAGAUUUUUUAACUUUGGACUGAUCCAGGCUAGCCGUUUGCCCUGCUUGCAGUCCUUGUGCUAAGUUAGGCUAAUUGCCUCCCGGCUCCAACUCCAUGCUUAUCCCACAGGAAUGACAAUGAUAAUGAUAUUCUCACCUCAUUCUGAGCAAGAAAGCGAAUAAACGGAUUUUUGAAAAGGUUGAACUAUUCCUUUAAAGAUGAUUUAAAUAUAAAAGUAUUUGAGCAUAGAGUUUCCUCUGUUUUUUUUUUUUUCUGUUCCUCCAAAAUGUUGUGUAUUAUAUACUUGCCUUCAAAAGGAAAUCUAUAAUUGUUAAGUUCUCUUGUAGCUCUCUAUGGAUCUUUAAUGGGUUACAUGUUACACUUUGCUCUACCAGUGACACCGGCAAACGAGAAACUGUCCCACUGUUAUUUACCCAAAUGACUGGAAAUUAAAAUGAAAACUUGUGGUUUUGUUUGUGCUGAGAAAAUGAAAAAUCAACAGUUGUAGCCACUGUAGAGGUCUCUUUGUAUGUGUUUAUGUAGCAUUUAUCCUGUAAUAUUUUGUAUACAGUGGGAGCAAAAAACAGAAGUCUCUUUUCAAGGAUUUACCCUGCAUCUGUUCUGCAUUAGUCAUACAGACAAUACAUUUUUUGUACAUGAAACAGUAGAACAAAAUCGAGUAUCUUGUACAGUGAAACCAGUUAUACUUACCACACUAUUCCUUGUGGCCGCCAUUGGUUGAAAACAGAGCAACAGUAGAUUUUUCCUCUAGAGGAUGGAGCCACAGAGAAGCAGAAGUUCAAGCAAAGUAUUAAAAAAUACUUUUACAUCUGCAUUUGACAUUCUUUUCUGUUGACACCAAACAGAGUCUUGUUUCCAUUUUAAUUUACUGUGACACACAAAGAACAUCAGAGAGACAGGCAUUUUUUUAAGUCGUGCAAUAACUCUGGGGCUUUUGGUAAUAAUUAUCUGAAGAAAAAAAGAAACACCCAAGAUUUUGGGAUUAAAACAAAGGACAUUUUCUCAGCAGUCAUAUAAUGACAAAUUAAAACCAGGAUUUUCCCAGAAGUGUCACUGUGAUACUUCUAAAUCUAUCUGACAGGGAUCAUUGUUAUAUUUUCUGUAGUAAAUGGUUUUGUUUGUGUUUAUAUUUGACAAAUGUGGGUUGACUGUAAAUAGAUCUGUUCUGUUUUAUAAAAUAAUUUUACAAAAUAAACAGGUUGCUAAGGUUGCA